AUUUCUGUUUGUUAGAUUUACAGCUUAACAAGCUGUCUAUAUCUAGACUGAACUCUUUGGAGCACGGUAGGGCAUAGAGCAGCAGUGAGAGCUGUGGUGUCAGCCAGAUGUCAGAGGAAAAGAGUGAGGAUGCAGCAGAGGCAGUAGCAAUAGACUCUAACAAUCAGCCCAAGUCUCCACUGGAAAAGUUUAUGGUCAGACUGUGUACUCACCACCAGAAGCAGUUCAUCCGCGUGCUAAACGACAUAUACACUGAAGUACAACCGGACUGUGAAGGCCAGCAGUUGUCUGAAUCUGAAAGCAUGGAGGCCUCCACUUGUGGCUCUGGUUGUAGCCAGCAAAGCACUGGAAACCAGGAUAAGGGUGCUGCAUGUACUGACCCAAGGCCCCUUUCUUCCUUGGAGCCAGGACAGCCAGGCACCGACAGCACGGAGCAGCCUGCAGAGCUGAAGCCCGUGGACAGGGCAGAGAGCUCCAGCCCUGCUUUAAGGAGAGACUUCCCUGACCCCCCCAGCACGUGGCUGCACUCUGCCAGCCCAAAGGACAGCUCCACCCAAGGAUACCUCAGCACGUUGAACUCUUCCUCGUUGAAUUUCCACCAUGCCACAAAGAGCCUGGAGGGGCAAACUGCUGGCCACGAGCAAGAUGCUGGCGUCAGAAAGUGUGAGGACAGCAAAGAGCAGGGAGCAGGUAAGGCGCUAGUGGAAGGCUACAUCUCUGUCAAAGUAGCCAAUGUGAAUGGCAGCGAGGACAGCCUGGACAGCUGUCUGGGCUCCCAGAAGAGCUCUUUCAGGGCUCUGCCAGAGGAGCCCUGGGACCCUGGCUUUGCUGUCAGCUCUCCUCACCGCGCAGACAAAGAGAACGCGUUACAGUGUGGCUCGAAAGCCUCUUUGCACCAGGACCUCGAUGUGAAAGAACAAGACACGAGACCAAAGCCAGACAACCACCUGCACGCCGCAGCCAAGGGCAAGGUGGGCUGCCACCUGCACCCAUCUGACAAGGGCCCUCUUGACAAAUCCAAAGAGGUCUGGCUGCCUGCUGGCACCGCACCAACCUCCCACCGUGCCCCUGCUGGGCACCCCCGUGCCAAGGCAGCCUCCCUUCGGCCCUCCCGCAAGAGCAAAAAGGCCUCAGGGCUGCGGAUUAAUGACUACGACAACCAGUGUGACGUGGUCUACAUCAGCCAGCCCAUCACCGAGUGCCACUUUGAGAGCCAGCGUGCUGUGUCAUCCCGCAGGACGGCGCGGAAGAGUACACGGGGGUAUUUCUUCAAUGGGGAGUGCUGUGAGCUGCCCACUGUCCGCACGCUGGUGAAAAGCUCGCGGGCAGAGGAGCGGGGCGGUGGCAUGGCGCAGCGGAUGCAGGCACUCGUAAGCACGAAGCCAACUCUGGUGCUCUCGGGGGGCAGCUCCACGGGGACAGGACGGGAUGGGGAGAAAAGGGUUUCACUCCGGCUGCUGGCCAAAGGUGUGCCAGCUGGCAGAGAGAUGAAGGGCAGGGGUGAGCUGGGCUCCGUGCAGCGGGAGCUGCGGGACAUGCGGGUGCUGCGGUCACGGGAGGCCUCUGUGGCUGUGCCCCUGUUCUCACUCUCAGCACCGCCCAGCCCUCAGAUGGAGGACAGCAUGGCUGGCUCACCGCCCCCCUCAGGCUCCCCCUGUAGCCAAGGGGCUGGGGGCUCAGCUUCUCCGGAGGUCGGUGCGGCUCCCUCUGGGGAUGGCAGCUCCAAGGACAGUGAUGCUGCACCAGCUGCGGGAUGUGCUGCCCUUCCUGCCACCGAAGCAGCCAUCAGGGAGGAAGGUUCCCCAGAUGUGGGUGUGCAAACUACUCCAGACCUCCCUGCCAGCCCAGAGCUGGGGUCCCCCAUGCAGCUCUGCCCUGCUUUGGAUUCGGCACCUGAGGCUGACACCAGGGACUGUACAGUGCUCCCAGGUGUCAGCAGCAUAGAGCCAUGUGGUGUUCAUCCUGCAGAGCCCUCUCCACACUCUCCAGAGCUGCAGGCUCCUGAGCAGCUCCCUGCUACUGAGGGUAGGAAUUAUCCACCACAGCCUCCUGCCACGCUGCAGAGUGUGGAGGUGAACAAAAGCACUGAUACUAUACCAGAUGCCGAACUGUCAGUUGUGCCAGGUGACACCUCCCUUGAGCAAGAGGAGGCUGCACCAGCCAGCAUAGCUCUCCCUGUGGACUUGGAAAGGGAGGCAGAGCAGAACAACAGCCUGGCAGGUGAAAAGGAGCCUGCUGAAGAGGAAACACUGCCUGAACCUGAUGGCUUAGAAACAGCAGAGAAAGACUCCAUCUCUUCCAAAGACAGCCUAGACAAGAAGCGAAAGAAAGGAAGGAGAACACUCAUGGCAUCUGACCGGCGUCUCCGAAGCCAGCAUUCUCAACUGCCCGCUGAGGGCAGCACUGAGGAUGCUGGUUCUUCCAGCCCCGUGCACCUUCCUGGCCUUCAGAUCAAAGCCUCCAAGAGUCCUGCUGCUAAACGGUUCAAGAGAGAAGGGAACCUGGAUGGGACAACACCCGCAUGCUUCCAAAAUGACUGCUUCCAUAGCGCACUGCUGCAGCACAAUGAGGGGCUGAGCACCGGGCAGCCUCCAGAAAGCACUGCUGAAGAGAGCGGUGUCAUCACCAGGCAGACCUAUAAAAGCAUCUUAGCAAAAGAAACUCCAUCCGAGGGAGAAAAUUCCCAUCAAGACGACCACACUGCUACAGGUGGCCAAAGUCAAUCAGGUGAGAUGCUGAACAUCUGUGUGCAGGCUGAUGCUGAGAAGAUCAUCCUCCUCCCAGCAGAAAGCAGUGUGCCUGCAGGCAGUAUGCAAGCAGAGGUGAAGCUGGGUGAUGUUCGUGCAAAAGAGGAGAGCUCUGACAGUGCCAUAGACACGGGGAAGCUGGAGCACUAUGAGCCAGUGGGAAGCCAAUCUCCAUGUCCCACCAGCAGAGGUGGAGGAAGCAAGCAUCUCCCAGCGAAGGCUGCCAAGCACAAGAAGGGCACCCUGCAGUUUUAUAACUUAAGACAUGCACCUGCACCUGCCGACACUGCAAAAAAGAGCUUGGCAGGGAAGGAGUCUAUGCAGGCUGUCCCUAAAGCCAGGGAUGAGUGCAGUUCAGGGAAUGAUGACACCCUGGUGCUGGAGGAUAUGGAUGCAGAAGACAGCAAGCCGAGGUUCAUGGAGUGGUGCUCUGAGGAGGAGAACCAGGAGCUGAUUGCCGAGUUCAACGCCCAGUACAUGAAGGUGCAGAAGGGCUGGAUCCAGCUGGAGAAGGAGGUGCAGCCAGCCCCCAAGGUGAAGAACAGAGCCGAUAAGCUGAAGGAGAUCUGGAAAAGCAAGAAAAGGACUCGGAAAAGCAGAGGGGUGCUGGAGGUUCAGAAACUGUCUCCUGUCCAGAUGCUGUUCAUGAAGGCCUACAAGCUGUCCGACAUUUGCCAGUGGUUCCUGGAGACCACCGAGACCCGCUCGCUGGUGAUUGUGAAGAAACUCAACACACGUCUCCCGGGGGAGAUCCCCCCCAUCAAGGUCCCCAUGCAGAAGUACUCCUCCUCUGGCCUCUACCCCAGCUCCCUGCAGGCCGAGCGCUUGAAAAAACACCUGAAGAAAUUCGCCGCCACUACACCAGCCCGCAACAACCUGAAGAACCAAAAGCUGUGGGCCAAGAUCCGCGAGAAUGCUGACAAAGCUGAGGCUGAGGAGGGAAACGUGGCCGGCCAACCUGCUCCACCUGAAGUCGGCCCCGAGGAAUUGAGCCAGAACCGGGGCGCACAACCCACCCCCAGCCUGCCCACCCAGGCCAGCACCCGCAUCCUGCGCAAGUACUCCCAGCUGAGGGGCAAGCUGCGGGCCCAGCACCGUGCCACCCGCACCGACCGGCGCAGUGACAUGCCUGGCGAGCAGCCGGGCCCCGAGGGCAAACCCAGCCGCAAGAGCCUGUGCAUCAACCCACUCAUGUCCCCCAAGCUGGCCCUGCAGAUCAAGGCAGAUGCCUUCCCUGCUAAAUCACCCGCAGCGGACGGAGCAGGGAAAGGGCGGAAAGGGAAGAGUAAAGCCCAGGAGGAGCACUCACCCAGGGCUGAGCAGCUCAGCAGGAAGAAGAGGACUCUGAAGGAGAGUGAGGCCACGCAGGAGCGGGCCGGCUCCUCAGGGAAGGACAAGGUGCUGGCCAAGAAGGCUGGAAAAAUAAAGCAUUCAGAGGCAGUCACCAAGGCUCCCGCCACCCGCAAGCAGGUGGAGAGGAGCAGCAAACUGGCCAAGAAGAUGUCUUCAAAAGAGAAGAGGGCCCCAAAAAGGCAACUGGAGAAGGUGCGGCUGCCAGUACGGAAGGGCAAGGAGAACACCAGCCGCCGUGCCGCGCCGCCGCCCAGCCACGAGGAGCUGGGCCCAUCCCCGCGGCACAGACCGCUGGGUGAGUCCUCGACACGGGCACAAAAGAUGGCCAACAAGAAGGCAGGUGGGGGAAAGGCCCUCCCCAGGGCCGUGAGGAAGGGGCAGGAAGGCAGCAGUUCACAGGGCAAGAGGAAGCUGCGGGCAAAGGGCGACUGCUCACACAGCAAGCGCUCGCGGCUGGAUGCCAAGUAGCAACGCAGUGGUAGCCAUGUACAGAACUCUUGUAUAGUAGUAACCCUUACCAUGCAUUAACUAAAGCUGCUUUUAUAAGCUGUAGCAAGCCUUUAAAAUCUGCAGUUACAGGAUCACGCCCGUGAUGUUAGGCAUCGGAAGCUGUGUCUGGGGCGGAGAAGAGGUCAGCCUGUCUGGCUCUGCUGUUCCGAAGGAGGUGUCUGCAGUUCGGAUGGUCCUGGGGCUUUUGAACUCGGAACCAGGCAGUUUUAGUUAAAAGUACAGUGCCUUAUUUAUCACUUUAAAAUAAAAUUAAGAAGCUCGUCUGUGUGAUUUGGAGGCUUGCGUUUUAUACUUGAGGCACAAGCACUUGUACUGUAGCAGAAAGAAAACCACCUUCGUGCACAUGAAGUAGCUUUCAGCAGCCUUUCGGUGCACGCCAACAUUUCCCUUCCCUUCAGCGUCCUUCUGUCUGUCUGUGAGUGGCAUUUCAAGCAAACCCAAACCCCUUUGCCAUCAGUGAGGGAGAGGAAGGUGGAUGGGACGCGUGUCGGUUCUCCUGCAGCUGCCGGUGGCUCUCCAGGUACCCACACAUGGGUGUUACCCUGUGGCUCUGCCCUUGUCCCUUUGCACAGCUGCAGCUGCUUUUCCCUAUAGUUUGCAUUCACUUCUGUACAAACAUGUACCUUGCUGCUUGCAGGAAUCCCAGUGUGAGUGUCCCGUGCAGGAGGCAGCAAGGCUCUGGUUUGAAAACUUUCCCUCCUCUUUGAAUAAUGCAAAAGUGAGCUCUUACGAGCAGCGACAAAGUGAUUAAAUCUAUCCUGUCAGUCCUUGUACAGAUUAAUAUGGAGUUAUCUAUGACUUUAAUUUUUACUGCAUGUAUUAAAGAUGUCAAACAUUCCAUCAGGAAAGAUUUAAAAGCAUUUCAGGAAAGGCACCGAUGGCAGCCAUAGCACUGCUCUGUACCUUCUCCACGGGUCCUCUCUCCCUCGCUUCUCUGCCAGCGCCUGCCUUUCCCUUUCCCUUGGUUUGGGGUAGAAAUGCAGGACCCCCUCCCUGUAUUCUGUGUUUAAUUUCUCUUUGUCUUCUUGGGUCUGUCCCUUGCUCCCCUGUGUUGGGAUGGCAGCUCCAGAUGUUGCUCCUCAGAGCUGUGCUGCAGCCUCAGCACACGUUGGAUGGGAUGCUGGGCAUCCCUUGGCACGGGAGGAAUGUGUGUUGUCAGUUAGGCUGAAGGCUGAGAGCAGACCAGGUGAUGGGGUGCCUGGCAAGGCAGCAGAGUGCUCUUCUGUUUUAUUUAACAGUGACAGCUUUGGUCUUUGGGAGGGGCUUUGUCUUUGGUGAGUAGUGUACGGCUGCCACCUGUGGCUGAGUGACUGCAGCCAGCACUUGGCCAUGGUCCUGCCCAGGUCAGGGUGGGCACAGUGGUGCUUUAUGUGAGUUCUCUGCAUUGCAGGUCGACUGGGGGUGCUCUCAUCUCCUGGAAAACAGGGCGGCUUCCUGCUGGAAGGCAUCUCUAGCUCUGUGCUGCCACUCAGGAGGUGCCAUCCCCUCCUCGUCUCCUAUGCGUGUUCUCACGCUGACACCAGUUGUAGCUCCUGGGUCUUGCAGCCGAUGAGAUGUGCUUUUACCAUGAGCUUUGUGCUUGUGAGUGCUGUGUUUUGGGACAGGACGGAGGGAUGUUUCAGUUUCCUAGCAGAUGAAGGGGUCUGCAUGUGAGGUGGUCAUGUGGCAGGGUGGCAUCACCACCAUUUCUUCAUCAGAGCCCACAUUUUAUUUCCUUCUCCCUCUCUUCCAGGCAGCAUUGUGUUGCUCUGUUCCCCACUUACUCCCCACUGUCCUCUCUCCAGCCCCAGUGCUGUGCCCCCAGUGCCCCCCAGUCUCCCAGCUGCUGCUGCCACCGCCGCCCCUUCAGCUUUCCUUGAUGGCUGGCUUCUCAUCCCACUCUCAGAGUCUGCCUCCAUCCCCAUUCCCUGCUCCACGUAUCGUAGCGUCCGUUCCACCCAUCCCUUUGCUUGGUGGUUGUGAAAUGAAUCCAUCUGUUCUAAGAUGUUCUCAGGAGUUUGUAUUAAGAUCACCCCUAGGCUUAGCGGAAUCACGGUGUGUUCCCCCCCUCCCCUUCCUUCCCAGACCCCCCUUGGUUUGAGAGCACUUCCACCGGGCCGCGGGCAGCUGGCGUUUGAUUCAGGGCACGUUGGCAGCUGUGGGGCGGCCGCAGAGGGCACCAUGGUGGCCAUUGCGGUGUCACCUGGCCCACCAGGCCGCCUUGCUAGCCAAUGUUUUCUAAGUCUGUUUGUAAGAGUACCUAAUUUUAAAAUGAAAUGUGAAUAUAUAUUAUGUGUAGGUGCCAUGUAAGAUAGUGUUGUGCUAGGAGGCAGGAUGCUAACCUACUUUUUAAGCUUUUGGGGCAGGAAAAGACUUUUUUUUUCCUCUUUAUCAAUUCUCACAGAUUUAAUAUUGUAAAUAGUCGGGUUUUUUAUAUUUAUUUCGUGGGCUUUCUGUAGGUUCUUGCUCCGACUGGUGGUCACUGUGGCUGCCUGAUGGCGCAGGGGGAUGGGGCAGCUGCGGGGUCCCGUCCCAUCGGUGUCCAAGCAUUAACUCUUCAUCUCAUUUCUGAUGAUGUUGGACCCAGUCAGAGGCAGCGAGCUGUGAGGGUGGGGUGGGGGUCUCCAGGGUGGGGGCAUUGCCAGCAAUAAGAUUUUAGUAAUAAUGUCUGCUUGGGUGAUUGAGGCUCAGCCUGGGGUGGGGUGCAGGUCUGGAGGAGCCGCCCCAGGGCUGUUCCAAGUGGCUGCUCUGACCCCAAGGCGCCCACAGAGCAGGGCAGAGGGGCAGCUGCCCGCAGCCAAGCUGGCCCCGUAAGGUCAUUGCCUCUUUGCUUGCCCUUCUGCCAUGUUUAUUGGAGGGUUUGAGGUCGGUUGCCUGUUUGUGUGUGUUUUUUCCUAUGUGUGUGUGGCUUUUUUCUGGCUGUUUUUAACCCUGUUUUGCCACACCCAUCCCAUAAUGGGAUCAUCCCUGCUGCUCAGUGACGGGUCCCUCAUUUCAGAGCAUGGGAUGGCAGUGAGAUGGAGGGGCUCAUGAGAGCCCUUCACCUUUGGAACUGUAGUGUGGAAAAAGAAAGGAAAAAAAAAAAAAAAAAAAAAGAAAGAAAGACACCAACCCAACCAACUCAAUAUGUUUCUUUUUGCUCUUCCCAAGAUGCUCAACAUUUGAAUCUUAGUUCCGCCCCGAUAACAAAUGUUUUCCCUUCCUCUGCGUCCGCUUCCCUGGAAGGAGUUUUGUUGCUCUGUUCCUUUCUCUAGGAUGAACUUUAGACACUGAUCCGAACAGCCCUCCUGUCCGGUACUGUAUGUCAGAGCCUGACCAAUGUGAACUGUUGGAAUGGGGUGCGGGGAGCGCAGCCGCUCGCCUGGCGCCGUGCUGGGGGAAAGUGAAACGUCUGCUGUGAAUCCUCAGUCAGAAAGGUGGAGAGGGGUUUCCAUUAGAUGAUGUUUACAUACCUCACCUGACGAACCUUUGAACGUGUAUAUAAAAAAAAAUAAUGAAAUAAAGUUAUAUUAAGUUGCUUUAAAUCAAUAUGUAUAGCUAUAAGAGCUGGGUCAUUUGAACUUUGGCUGUGUAUCGACUCUCUCAAUGUUGACAUUUUGUGAACUCUGUGCUCCUGUCGUUUAGACUCUCGAGGAAGCUGUGUCCUUGUUCCAGGUAAAGCUCCCUGACUCAGAUCUGAGCUCCUCAUGGACUCCCACCGCCUUGUUUUCUUUUCUCCCUCUGUUGUUGAUAUUCACCCGAUGAUGAGCUUUCUAAAGGUCCGUAUUUUAUUGCAGCUUAUUAAAACGUUUCUUUGAUAUCA